AUGGCCAAGCCUCCUCUGCUCAGACUGCAGGGUCACAGUGAGGGGGGGAGCUCAAAACCUCCUCAGCUGGACCUGGUUUACCACAACAGUAUGGUGCUGCUGGUGCCUCUCAUCAUGACCCUGUGUCUGCAUCAGCUUUCACUCUGCUCCGCACAGGACUGUCCAUCUACUCACGACCUCUUGACCUCGUUGCGUCAGGUGGAAAAGAUGUUGGCUGCGCACGAGGCUUCCUACCAGCAGGGUCUGCGCUCCCUCAGGAAGAAGAUGGGGACUCUUCACAACAGCACUGUGGCCAUCCUGAAGAUGGGAAAGAACGCAACAUGCCCAAAACCAGACCCUCCGGCUCAUGGCCGCAGGCUCGGUCGGGUGUUUGGAGUGGGACACGAGGUUCACUUCCUUUGCAAAGCCGGGUAUGAGCUGAUCGGACCUCGGACUCGGGUGUGUCUGGACUCAUUGAAAUGGAGUGGACAGCAGCCGAUGUGUAGACGACUGAACAGCAAGAACUCCACCUCCUCAGCGUCCUCUCCAUCGUUCCUCCCCAUCAAAGCAGCUCUGUCCUCCACCUCUUCAUCCUCCAUCCGUCCGUCUCGCUGCACUCACUUUCUGGGUUCCACCAGAUGCACCUGUGACGUGGGGUUCACCAUCUCAGGCCCUGACAACAACAUCUGCACGGACAUCGACGAGUGCCACCUCUUCCCUCUGGGGCAGCCGGGUCGUCUGUGUGUCCAUCAGUGCGUCAACACGCCUGGCAGCUUCCACUGCUUCUGCCCGGAUGGUUACCUGCUUGCCGAGGACGGCCGCAGCUGUACAGAUGUGGACGAGUGUCAGAGCCAGCGCCACAACUGCACAGCAGCUGAGAUGUGCGUGAACACGUACGGAGGUUUCCAGUGUGUGACAGUGGAGUGUCCACGCAUGAAGAACGCCACUUACAUCAAGACCUCGCCCAUGCGGUGUGAAAGGAACCCUUGCAUGUUUGGAGAUAAGUCCUGCUCCCAGGCCCCCAGCUCUAUCUCCUUCCACUUCCUGUCUGUGGUCUCCAACAUGUCCGCCCCUCGGGUCCUCUUCCGGGUGUCGGCCGCUCGAGUUCUUGGCGACACACUACGCUUUGGCCUCGCGGGCGGCCGUGGCCGGGGUCACUUCAGCGUCCAGCGCUCUGGGAGGCAGACGGGGACCCUGCUCCUGGUGACCCCCAUCAAUGGCCCCGCCACGCUGGAGGCCGAGGUGGAGAUGAGCGAAAUGGAACGAAACACCCUGCUGGGCCGCUACCUCACCAAGGUCACGCUCUUCGUCUCAGCGUAUGACUUCUAA